CGACGAUCCAGCAACUCACCUGCAGAUCACGAAAAAAAAAGCUAAUGAAUUUUUUUUUGUUGAUGAUAGGCUUAAUCCCUAUUAUCCAUGGCAGAGGAUCUUGUUGUGAAAAUGAAUCUGAUAGCAGCAGAACAAGUGCUGGAGCCAUGGCAGAAGCUAGAAGACAAAGUCGUUCUUGUCACUGGUGCUUCCUCCGGAAUUGGACGAGACUUCUGCAUCGACCUCGCUAAAGCUGGCUCCUACGUCGUCGCAGCAGCUCGCCGCCUCGAUCGCCUCACUUCCCUCUGCCACGAAAUCAACCGCCUCUGGCCCUCCCCCGCCGGAAACAGUCGCGCAGUGCCCGUCGAGCUCGAUGUCGCCUCCGAUGCCUCCACCAUCGACAAGGCCGUGCAGAAAGCCUGGGACGCCUUUGGCCGCAUUGAUUCCCUGAUUAACAACGCUGGUGUCAGAGGAAGUGUUAAAUCACCCUUGGAAUUUUCUGAGGAGGAGUGGGAUCAGGUUUUCAAGACUAACGUUACCGGUUGUUGGUUGGUGUCAAAAUAUGUAUGCAAACGCAUGUGUGAUGCCCAGAUGAAGGGAUCAAUUAUUAAUGUUUCUUCAGUUGCUGGUUUAAAUCGGGGGCAAUUGCCUGGAGCUGUUGCCUAUGCGUCUUCGAAGGCAGGAGUAAAUAUGCUGACCAAGAUACAAAGACAACUCAGACAAGUAUCAUCCACUACAAGUAUACCCAAAGGAGCUUUGUCGUUAUUACACUGGAAUUUGCCUAGCAACCUCUCCCCUUUACUUGAAAGAGGACUUGUUUGUAGGAAUUACAUUAAAGUAAAUAGCAGGACAUUCCUAUCCAUCUAAUAACCUGUUACAACUUUGAUGCUUUCCUUUCCCUAUGAUACACAUGCAGACCCUUUCCUCCCAUAGAUCUUUGCCAGCACUCAUUCCUAACAUAUACAAUUACAGAGUUUGAUUUAUCAGGGUUAUAUAGAAAUGAAAAAUUGCCAAUAUUAAGAUAAAAGGUGAUGUAGAAAUUAGUUUGGAUCUACAGUUCGUUCUAUCACAACAGUAAGCAUAUAAAGUAGUUAUUUUAAUCAUGAUACUUUAAUUAGAUUGAAUAAGAAUAAGUCGGAUAGGGAUCUCUAUUUUUAGUCAGAGAGAAGGCAGAAGAAAGAAAGAAUAAGAAAAUAGGUCUUAGGGGAAUUAGGCCUGGGCCUAAUACUGUAACUAAUAACUAACCCUAGUUAGUUACUUUUAGGUGGAGGGCGGAGGGAAUGAAAGGGUAAUUGUACAGGAGAAGGGGAUAAUCACAAAAAUCAGUUGUUAUCGAAUAUUUGUGUUUCAGUCGUAUAAUUUUCAUUUUCUUAUAAACAAGUAUAUGUUUUCUUUUUGUUGUUUCUCUAUGAUCCACUCAUCUUCCGUAGUUUCCGUAAGGGAUCAGAUUAUGUUUAUCCCUUUAGCAUCGUAAAAUCAGUAAAGCUAUCUUUAUUGACGUGAUAAAGAAAAUGAGAAAGUGGAAUCGUUAUGAGCUUAUCCCUUCAUUAUGAAUAAAUCCAUUCAAUUAAGAAUUUUCGGGAUAUUUCCAGAUUACAGUCCACAAAACUACUAAGCAUUCAUUUUUACAACUUUAGUGAUAACGGCACACUCUUAUAAUAUCAUCAUAUGUGAAUCAUACUUGGCAUGUUUCUAAAGUUAGUGAAGUUGAUGCAGCAGUUAUGUCAACGGCAUAUAUGUCUCGUAUCAAUUUUUUACUACUUUGUCCUCAUUUGAAAUCUUGUAUUUCACAGUAGCCUGGAUAAAUUCAAAGCGUGCCAUGAUAGGGGAGAAGGAGGAAUUAGGCAGCCAGUGUCAAUUACUUUUUUUGGUCUCUUUCUUUUAAUAGCAGUGCUACUUUUUAGAUAAAGUAGAAAAGAGUUGCAUCCAUGAAGUUUUAGUAUGAGAACUCACAUUCGGAUAGUUGCUAAAUUUUAGUUAGCUUUUCAACCACCUACGUACAUAAUCAUAUGCAUUAAAGGUAAGGAAGUAGCUAGAAUAGAAAUAACUACGGAAUCUUUUCCUAUAUAAUUAAGAUACUGAAAUCAAACUUUCUAUUCUUGCUCUUAAUAUUCCAGUGAUACAUUUGUUCGUAAUAAUUCUCAAUACAUUUCAACUAUCUUUCUUUUCUCACAAU